GAGGUGGUAAUCUGAAAUAUCUGCCUCGAUCGGCGUGAGCCGUAGCUCGGCCAAGCUAGGGCGAGACGCGCUUUGAACAAGGGACUAGAUCAACCUCUCGACCUACUUUUUAUCAAACUGCUGCAAAGGUCAUCCUCGGACUGCUACAUAGCAAGCAAGGUAACUUUACGAUCACAUUCAUAACCGCGCUACUGCCCUCCAGAAAGGAACAGAGCCACAGGAAUAGCGAGCGGCGUCUGCGACGAACAUGGCUUUCAACUAUACACAAAAGGAAAACGUACUCUGCUUUCACGGACCAUUGAUUUACGAGGCUCAGGUGCUGGACACGGUCGAGUGGGAUGCCAAAGAGACCAAGAGCGGGGUUGUAGGCCCACACUAUAGGGUACAUUAUAAAGGAUGGAGAAAGUCAUGGGACGAAUGGGUCCCCGAAACCAGGCUGAUGAAGGACGACAAGGCCGGACGAGACAAGCAGAAACGACUGAGAGAGGAAGCCAUAGCCGCUCAGACCGCUGCUAAACUGGCCAAAUCGGGCGCGACGGAAAAGGCUUCGAGUCGCUCGGAUGCCGCUUCUCCUGCGCCGAAUGGAACGGACAAGGGGAAAGCUGCUGUCAAGCAGGAUACGAAAGGGAAGAAGAGGACAAGGGGGGAAGCUUUCGACACGGAAGAACAAUAUCUGAAGCGACCCGAGGUCAAGAUACCCAUCCCGGACGUUCUCCGGGUCAAGUUGGUCGACGACUGGGAAGCUGUGACCAAGAACAACCAGCUCGUAACAUUACCCCGGACACCAAACGUCAAGGAGAUCAUUGAAGAGUACAAGGAGUACUGCAAGAAGAAACGAGCAGACAAAAAGGCUACUCGCGCAGACGCGCUUUUGGAAGAGAUCAUGGCCGGUCUCGUCGUCUACUUUGACAAGUGCCUGGGCAACAACCUCCUAUACCGGUUCGAGCGAGCACAAUACGUCAACAUGCGCAAAGAGACCAAGGAAGAAAAGGCGAUGAGCGAGAUCUACGGGGCAGAGCAUUUGCUGCGAUUGUUUGUCAACUUGCCAUCGUUCAUCGCACAUACAAACAUGGAUACCGAAUCUAUCAAUCUACUGCGUGACCACUUGGCCGAAUUUAUGAAAUGGAUGAUCAAGGAGUUGGACAGGCUGUUCCAGAAGGAAUACGAGAACACGACGACGCAAUACCAGAACCUAUCUCGAGCAUGAUGACCACGAUUUCGCGCCAUGUGUUCGGGGUUUUUUCCGUCAGUGGUCUUCUUUCUUUCCCGGAAUUCACUACACCACGUAUUGCCAGGUUAUAUUUGUAAAACGUGCCCGUUCUGACGACGACGACGCAGCUUGUAUGACGCCUUGCGAUGCGGCAUGUCACGAUCUUAAUGACCGAUAGGGCUCGCGGUUUACGGAAGUCGAGGGCCAGCUGUAGAUUCCGCGACGACAGCGUCCUAUCGUCACACA